CAUACUUAAAUCCGACCUGAGAUUUAACAGCUUUAACACCAAAACAUAUUCGACGAGGCUGACUGAAAGGUUUUGCGGGGACCUUUCAAAGCGUAUGUUCGGUUACGGAGGGAUCUCGGCAAGCAUCUGCUCGGACCGGCUGAAGGCGGAGGGCAUGGGUUCUUCUAACGAGCAGGCGGUACACUUCCAGAACCAGGACUAUGAGGCGCUGCGGCAGGAGUGCCUGGAGAACGGGUGCCUCUUCGAAGACCCCUGCUUCCCCGCAGAGCCGCCCACGCUGGGCUUCAAGGAGCUGGCGCCCCACUCCUCCAAGACGCGCGACGUGGAGUGGAUGAGGCCCACGGAACUGACAGAUGACCCUCAGUUCAUUCUGGGUGGAGCCACCAGGACAGACAUCUGCCAGGGAGCGCUUGGUGACUGUUGGCUUUUGGCUGCCAUCGCUUCCCUUACUCUCAACGAGACGCUGCUUCAUAGAGUGGUACCGCACGGCCAGAGCUUUCAGGAGGACUAUGCUGGAAUUUUCCACUUUCAGUUCUGGCAGUUUGGAGAGUGGACGGACGUGGUCAUCGAUGACCGGCUCCCAGUGAAGGACGGCGAGCUGAUGUUUGUGCACUCCGCCGAGGGCAAUGAGUUCUGGAGUGCGCUGCUGGAGAAGGCCUAUGCCAAGCUGAACGGCUCGUAUGAGGCCCUGUCUGGAGGCUCCACCACUGAAGGGUUUGAGGACUUCACUGGAGGCGUGUCGGAGAUGUAUGAGCUGAGGAAGGCUCCGCGGGACCUGUAUCGCAUCAUCGGCAAAGCCCUGGAGAGGGGCUCAUUGCUGGGCUGCUCCAUUGAUAUCACCAGUGCCUUUGACAUGGAAGCUGUAACCUUCAAGAAGUUGGUGAAGGGCCAUGCUUACUCAGUCACCGCCCUCAAAGAGGUGGACUUCAGAGGAAGCAUGGAGAGGUUGAUCCGUGUGAGGAACCCAUGGGGUCAGGUGGAGUGGACUGGAGCCUGGAGUGACAACUCAUCUGAAUGGGAUGAGAUUGACCCAUCUGAAAGAGAGGACCUCUUGGAAGAUGGAGAGUUUUGGAUGUCUUUUAAUGAGUUCCUGCGGCAGUUCUCUCGGCUGGAGAUCUGCAACCUGACGCCGGAUGCGCUGAGCGGGGAGGGCAUGAGCCACUGGAACACCAUCAAGUUCCACGGCUCCUGGAGACGAGGCAGCACCGCGGGCGGAUGCAGGAACCACCCCAAUACGUUCUGGAUCAACCCGCAGUAUAAGAUCACGCUGCUGGAGGAGGACGAUGACCCCGAGGACGAGGAGGUGGCCUGCAGCUUCCUGGUGGCUCUGAUGCAGAAGGACCGCCGCCGCCACCGCAAACAGGGCCAGGACAUGCACACCAUCGGCUUCGCCAUCUACGAGAUUCCAGAGGAGUUUGCGGGCUGCCAGAACGUGCACCUGAAGAAGAACUUCUUCCUGACCCACUCGUCGGCCGCGCGCUCCGAGACCUUCAUCAACCUGAGGGAGGUGAGCACGCGGCUGAGGCUGCCCCCGGGGGAGUACCUCAUCGUGCCCUCCACCUUCGAGCCCAGCAAGGAGGCCGACUUUGUGCUGAGGGUCUUCACCGAGAAGCAGUCCGAGACAGAGGAGUUGGAUGACGAGAUCUCAGCGGAUUUAGAAGAUGAGGACAUCACAGAAGAUGACAUUGAUGAUGGUUUCAAGGCCAUGUUUGCACAACUGGCAGGAGCGGACAUGGAGAUCUCUGUUCGGGAGCUCAGGACCAUUCUGAACAGAGUUGUGUCAAAACACAAGGACCUUCAGACUGAUGGCUUCAGCAUGGAGUCAUGCAGGACCAUGGUCAACCUCAUGGAUAAAGAUGGCAGCGCCCGGUUAGGGUUGGUGGAGUUCCAGCUUCUCUGGAAUAAAAUCAGGAAGUGGUUGGUUAUUUUUAGACAGUUUGACAUUGACAAAUCAGGGACCAUGAGCUCGUAUGAGAUGCGGCUGGCUGUUGAAUCAGCAGGUUUUAAACUCAACAACAGACUGAACCAAGUCUUGGUUGCUCGAUAUGCAGAGAAUGAGGUCAUCGACUUUGAUAACUUCAUCUGUUGCCUUGUAAAGCUGGAAGCCAUGUUCCGCUCCUUCCGGGAUUUGGACAAAGAAGGAAGCGGGGUGGCCGAAAUGAAUCUAACUGAGUGGCUCUACAUGACCAUGUGCGGUUGAAGAUGGACCAGCCCUCCUGGGAUGAGGAACAAGCUAAAUUCAGAAACCCAGAGUUGCCUGCAAAGCCAAUAACCCCCUCACUGUAUAAUCCCCCCAACCUUACCUCAGCACAGUGCCUACCAAUGUCUUACUGGCCACGAAUAACCACAUGUCCUAACAGCUCUGGUGAUAGCUGGUCAAUAGUUGGAAAGAAGUUGGUCGAUAGGAUUGUUUUGGCUGUGUUAUUGUAAGGUAUAGCCCUGCUUUUGCUGUUAGCUUGAAUAGCAAAUCAAUGUUGGAAAAAAAUAACAACCCUGAAGUCCUACAAGUACUGUAGGAUGAUGAGGAGCAGUACAAGUGAUGUCGCAGUGUCUUAAAACUGGUUUGCAUGGUCUUGGUGAAAAGGAGUGUGCACGGUUGUUUUUAUUCUAUGCACUGUAAAUGCUUUUUAGUUGCACCGUUAAAGUAUAGAUUUUAACAACCACACAGACGUAUUUUAUUAACAGAUUUUGUUAGACUUGCGUCAGUUGAAGAACCGUUGUACUUUUGUUGCUUUUCUUUUUGGUAUAAGCUGACACUGUUUUUUACCGUUCACUGUGUAUUAACAAAUUUUAAGUUUUGACACAACAGUACGACAGUCAAAAUUCCUCAUUUACAUGAAGUUAUGUCACAGAUUGCCAUUUUGUUAAAUGACUGAAGAGAUACAGUAGUAGGCUACAACUCAUGCAGCCUACAAAUAAAAUACAGCCAUUAGACAGCAGGGGGCAGUAGCUGUCUGUGGAUCUGGUACUACUGAUUUUGCCCAACAGCUGAUAUGAGACACAGUUGUUAAUUAUGCCUCUGCUGCAAGAUUUCAAAAUACUGCGGACACAUUCUUACUAUAGAUUGUUACUUAAGUACGCCUAAUGUUUUAUGAAGUAAACGGUUGGCACGAAAACAGAAACUUAUCUGAAUGUAACUUGAAAAAGGCAUUAAAGGAUUGACUGAAAGAAUAA